ACGUUAAUACGGUGCGUGCCAUUUAGCCUUCAACAGGGCACCAACAAUGGAAUGGGUAACCCACCGCAAACACACCUUGCAAUGUCGUUUUCUGCCGCUGCGCGCCUUGGCAGCGAUCCUGACCUUCCACUGAGUCACCGGCGAGGAGCUCUUGAACGCAUGUGAAGAAGGGGGCCAUGCGACCCGGGAGAGCCCCCGUCGCUGUUGCGCCGUCUUUGUUUUUACAUUCUUCCUCCUCGCCUGGGCUGGGCUGCAACUGCGAUAGCGGCUGAAGCUCUGAACCGAAGGCGUAAAAUCGGCACCGAGAGCCCUAUCACAUCGACGCACCAACCGCAAUGGCGCCAACGCGGCUCUCGGGCGUCGCGGCGCUGGCCGGCCUGCUCCUAACAGCGCCGGCGCGCGCGUGGACGUACCGGGGCUUCGGCGGGUACGCGGACGCGUUCCAGGAGCGGGUGGGGCCUUACGACGCCAACUCGACGGCGUUCCUGGACGCGGUGGCGGCGUCCAACGCGUCGGGGCUGUUCCGGAUCCCGGGAUACGACGUGUCGAAGCCGUUCCCCGGCGAGCCGGCCGACGGGUGGACGCUCAGCGUGACGGCGCUGGACCUGUCGCAGUACGACUACCGCCAGGCCGACGCCGACGAGGCCAUGCUCGGCUACAGCCUGACGAUCCAGGCGCCCGAAGCGCUGCUCGUGACCAACCCCGACGGCACCAAGACCGUCCGCACCGACCCCACCUGGGGCAUGUGCAUGUGGUCGUUUGGCCACCCGUCGCACAUCAACAAGACGCUGUGGAACAACCAGGCCAACAAACCGCUGGCGGCCGACGGGUCGUGCAAAGGGUUCCUGCCGGACGCGUGCAUCGCGGCGCUCGAGAAGCGGGCGUCGACGAGCUACUGGGUGGCGGACUCGGCCGCCCAGUCCAAGGGCCCGUACGGAUCCAUGGUCAGCUGCGACCGCGUGGGGGUGCCAGACGAGUGCGGGCUCUCGGGGCCGGGCAACGCGGGAUUCGCGGUGCCGGCGUACCUGGGCGUGCCGGUGCCGUACCUCAACGGGUCCGUGACCGACUCGGACGGGUGGCUGUUUGAGGGCGACGUUGGCAGCUACUAUAACUCGACCAAGGACCUGCAGGACUACUGGGACAGCAUGGUGCUCAACUUCUGGCCGCUGCUGACCGUCAUGGUCAACGUCACCGUCGACCCCAACGCGACCGACUCCCAGCGCGGCCCCGGCUUCCCGCGCAUGAACUGCAUCUCGCCCGGCGGCGUCGGCACGAGCAAGGCCUUUACCUUUUCCGGUGUCGUGCCUGGGGCGAACGGCACCGACAACGGCGGCUCGACUGCGGGUGGCAACGGUGGCAACAAUACCGGCGCUGCUGGUGGAGGCAACGGUGGCGGGGCCGACGACAAGAAGAACGGCGCGGGGAUUGCACAUCCGAUGAGCACGGCUGUCUGGGCCGUGCUGACCUUCUCGGCCCUGUUUGGAGGGUUCAUGCUGUGAUCAUGUCGUGCAUGCGAGCCGUAUUUACCUAUGAUAGUUAAUGUCUCUUACGCCUGUCACGCAGUAACGUGUUUACCGCCAUUGGGGUAUAUACACGCAUUGAACAGUUGAUAGUAAUUAAAGGAAGAUGAAAAUG